ACGCAUUUUUCAGAUUCUAGAAGGGGUAGGGCGCAGGGCGGCUGGCCCCCGCAAGAACAGACACACACACAAGUCAGCUACUUCACUGGCUGAACCGAUCAGCUACCGCAAUCAAUUGAUGUCUUCAGACGAGCUUUGAGAUUUCACCGUGCAUUCAGUUGGUUUGAUUCGCCGCUGGUCGUCCAAAAAUCACAACCUGACAAAAUGACAGACUCUUCGGUGGCCGACACUCGCCGGUUGCAUUCCAAGCCCCAGGACCUGACGGAUGCUUACGGCCCCCCCAGCAAUUUUCUGGAAAUAGACGUUUAUGAUCCACAAACUGUUGGAGCUGGACGGCACCGUUACACAAAUUACGAAGUUCGCAUGCGGACAAACCUUCCCAUUUUCAAACUGAAGGAUUCCUGUGUGAGAAGAAGAUACAGUGACUUUGAGUGGUUAAAGAAUGAGCUGGAAAGAGACAGUAAGAUUGUAGUACCAUCUCUGCCGGGCAAAGCCCUCAAGAGACAGUUGCCAUUCCGGACAGAUGAGGGCCUUUUUGAGGAGUCCUUCAUUGAGGAGCGGCGAUCGGGCCUGGAGCAGUUCAUCAACAGAAUUGCAGGUCACCCCUUGGCCCAGAGCGAGCGCUGUCUUCACAUGUUUCUGCAAGAGGAAGUCAUUGACCGUAACUACGUUCCUGGAAAAGUAUGAAUGAAGUAAGUUUGCUUUAUUUGAUCCUGUCUCUAAGAGCUUUGUGGGAAUUGAAGGUGGCUGCAUGGGCACUGUAAAGACCAAAGGCGAUAGUUCACUAAUACUUGUGUAAUACAAUGCCAAUACUUUAUAUAAAUGAUCACAAAGAUCUGACUGCAAUCUGUCACUUUACCUUGUAAAUGUACCACACAUAGUCCGUGGUUGGGACAUGAAACAACCAGUUAUUCCACCAAAAAUGCUGAAGUGAUCAUGGCACGCUGCAAAGGGAAGAGCAUUCUGCAAGCCAGUUUAUAGUUACCUAGAAAAAUGGAUGUAAAAUCUCAUUUGCAGCUGAGAGUUUGUAACUGGUACCAGAGCUGAUUCUCAGAAACUGGCUUGCAGAAGUUCCUCUGUCCACCAGUAUCAGGCCAGUUCCAACACAAACCACUGCUAGUGUUUUGAGUUAUGUGAACUAUUGUUUGCUGGGAAAAAGUACUGUACACCACCCAUGACAAGAGCUCUCUUUUGAAACAUUUCUCAGACUAAUCCUGGUACAUUGUCAUUAUCAACCGCACUAAUCUAUGGUUGCAUGGCAAACUUGCACGCUUUCUUCGCAAUAUAUGUGUUGUGUAUGUGUGUCAGUGUCGCUGACCGAUUAUUUUACAUGACUCUGAUCACCGUCAUCUUGUUGAGUCUGUUGAUUCAGAUCUUUAUUUCCCUAAAUUCAGUUUCUCCAGACAUUUUUUGACAAACAAAGCAAAUCUGCCACCAAGUAAAUAUUGGUAUAUGUGCAUUUUUAUGUUCAAGUUACACCUGUUUCUUGUACCAACAACAGUUCAUCAGACACAGUGUAUGUCUCAUGAACUAAAUCAAUUCAGUGCCCAUACAUGUAGCAUUGCAUUCCACUCAAUACAUGUUGGUCACAUGGGAGUCUUGAACCAUAAUGGCAAAAAAACCAAAACACUGCACUGCAUGAUGCUUAUUGGUGAAGUCUAAGCUCAGCCACCCUGUCAUGAAAACUGCAUGCAGUCCUGUGUAAUGUACCAUGUUUAGCUUGUAUUGGAGCUGCGAUAAUUUCUUUUACCUGCCUGCGUGAUUUAAUAAGAGGCGGUUACAUUUCAGUCUAGAGUGUUGUCAAUUUAAAUACAUUAACAGAGGCAAAUAUCUGUUGAAGAAAAUGGUUGAUGAUGAUUAAUAUGGGUUUGAGUAAUCACCUGACUUAGCUGACUUUCAAAAUGGGUACACCAGCAAAGAACAGGAGUCAGCAAGAGUUAAUAACACUUGCACGAUAAUGUGUGGUACUUUUAAAUGAGUCUAACAAUAUAUGCUUAUUUAAAAUAACUUUAGAGACCACAGUGUUGCAUUUCUGACUGCAUGUAAACUGUAAUGCCCAAGCAACUGCCUCCUUCAACAAAAAAAAUGUAUGACAGCAAUAAAAGCAGCAUUCACAUGUAUCCACCUUAUUCCUAGCCCCCAUGAUACCUUGCGUGAAUUAUGUGUGCAACUUCCGGCGUUAAACCGAAACCAGCGAUUUCCAGUGGUAACAGUUUGUUUACAGUACUCUAUUCUUUCCAAGAGCAACUAAGAAAUAAAACGUGGAACACACCACCUGUUAUCAAACGGGAUUUUGUGAUCAUACCUCUGCCAUCUCUGACAGCCAUCUCAAAGCAACCGAGCACGCUAGCAAUUAGCUCGCCUUGCUCGGUUAAAAUAUUGUUAACUUUAACUUCACCCGAGCUAGCUUAAGGUAAACAUAUGCUCCCUCUGAAGAUGGUGUCUGAUUUCUGGUGACAUAUUAAGAGACACUAACACAUUUGGCAAACAUAUAACAUAAUUCAAUAUUAACUGUGUAUAUUAACAUAGUCCGACUAGACACGUGUAGCAGUGCAAAAUGACUCAAGUCGCUGUAAGUCCUUCAUUUCCACAAUCUUGUGGACUGAGCACACGUUUGAUAAAACGGAGUUAAAUCUCUCGGCAUCCAUUUUCAAGCUCUCUGUGUGUUUGUUUCCUUGCGGACGAGAAAAGGGGGAGCGCACAUUUCCGGGAGGGUGUGUCCUUUUCAAAAAUGCAAGAGGCGUUGCUUUGUUGCUGGCCGUUUUUGCCGGUGUGUUAAACACACUUUAGAAAGGAGUGUCCCCAGACUAUCAGAAGGCAGAGAUCUCUGAUUGUCUAGUGGCGAGACUACAGUGUUGGUAGUUAGCUACCAAGAGUAGCCACUGGGACAAACCACAGAUAGUCUAUGGGGCUAAUUAGCUUACUGCUACGUCCGCUAUCUCACUGGAAGUCGCAGCCAUAAUCAUUUCUGCAGUAGUUCCCGCAGGAAUAAGGUGGAUAGAAAGUCUGCAAAUGUAUAAAACAAGAAUUUGAUUAUUUGAAAAGUUGAUCAGCUUGUCAAAAACUAUGAAAAGAGAUGGAUAUUAGGGCUGUUGUACAGUAUGGACCCACAAUCAUUUCUCAUGUGAUACUUUCUGUGAAUAGUAUUAUAAUAUUGUGCCAUUACAUUUAGUCAGUAGACUCUGAAAUUCACAGCAUUGACCAAAACUUACAGCGUGAACAUGUCUGUAUAUUAUUUCUCAUGUCUGUCUCUCUCUCUCUCUCUCACUGCAAAGACUAUACAGACUGCUGCACCUGCCCCAUGUACAUUUAUUUCGACUUCACGUCAUUAUAGAGCUGGUGGAAAUGUCAGAACUGAUAAGUAUCAAUGGUGUAGGAAAAACAACUAUUGCUCCUGGACUAAACUAAGCGAUCCAAUGUAUAAA